GAGUGAGUCUGAGCGCCAGAGACUCGGCAGCAUCGAGGGGUGAAAGAGUUUGGUUGGCUGCAGGCUGCAGAUGGACGCCAGCUUUAGUUUUUCAACUGUAAAGUUGGAGUUCUCGACGCUGCUGGUCUGAGUUUCUGCAAGUUAUCAGAUCGAUAGUGGAUUUUUUGAAACAAGGGGAACAAAUUUCCCAUCUGACAUGCCAAGAGAUUCUAAAAAGGCUGCAGGACUCAUGGUGGAUAUAGAUCUGUGCUUGUAGGCGAACAGGAUGUCAACGCUGCCGUCAGAAAACAGCCCUGAAGAUGUCAACAAUCGCAGCUUCUGGAUGCCUGGGAACUAUCAGCGCACUGUGAAGCGAACAGAAGAUGCUUUCCAGGCCUGUAAUGACAUGGUGGCGUGUUUCCAGGAGAGAGCUCGCGUGGAGAGGCAGUACGCCCAGCAGCUCAGCGAGUGGAGCAACAAGUGGAAGCCAGUGGUGGACUCCAGUCCUCUGUAUGGAUCUCUUCUGAAGGCCUGGCAGUGCUUCCUGUCUUCAGCUGACCGGCUGGCCUCCCUACACGCCUCCAUCUGCCGCUCCCUGGUGUCGGAGGAUGGAGACCGAGUCAGGACCUGGCAGAAGGACACCUUCCACAAGAAGCUAUUUGGAGGCUUCAAGGAGUCCCAGGACAUUGAUACAGGGUUCGCACGUGCUCAGAAGCCGUGGGCCAAGAGACUUAAAAAGCUGGAUAAAGCCAGAAGGGCGUACCAUAAGGUGAGCCGUAAGGAGCAGGCAGCCAGGGAGAGGGAGGCCCACGCUCAGGGAAACCCGGAUGUCGCCAUCGACAAACAGAAGAAGAUCCAGGAGGAGAGAGAGGUGGCUCAGCAAGAGGCCGAGAAGGUUCGCACCCGCUACGAGAAGGUCCUGGAGGAGGUGAACCGCUACGCUCCACGCUACAUGGAGGAAAUGGAGUCCAUCUUUGACCAAUCACAGGACGAGGAGCGCAAGAGGAUUGUAUUUCUCAAACAAGCCUUCCUCUCCAUCCACAAACACCUGGACAUUACCAACAAUGAGAGUGUGAGGGCCGUGUACAAUGAGCUCCACAACACACUGAUGGCCAUCGAUGAUCAAGAGGACCUUCGCUGGUGGAAAAACACCCACGGGCCUGGCAUGCCCACUGAUUGGCCACACUUCCAGGAGUGGACACCUGAAAAGAAAACCAAAAAAGGAAAGAAAGAAGUGGAAAAGAAAGGAACAAUAGAGAGGGGUGUUAUGAUUGGAGGAGUUAGAGUAAGAGCUUUGUAUGAUUAUGCUGGGCAGGAGACAGAUGAGCUCUCCUUUAAAGCAGGUGAGGAGUUUUUGAAGAUCGAGGAUGAGGAUGACCAGGGCUGGUGUCGGGGGAUGAAGGAUGGCGGGUGGGAGGGACUUUACCCAGCCAACUAUGUAGAGGUGGUGUAGUUGCAGCAUGCAGGCUGAAUACAAAAGCUCUUGUUACAUCACGUACUUCAUUUUGCAGCCUGACUAAAUGUCUAAAUGUCAAAAACGUAAAACCAGUGCUGUAAAAAUCAACACAGAGUAGCUGUUAGCCAAAGAUGACAGUAGGAUCACACUUUGGUGGCUAUUUUGACAUACAGAUAUUUUUUCAAACCACCCAGGUUUGUAAUCUCUUGAAGGAUUUUGAUAAAUGUUUUAAUAUAUACAGUAUGCAUAGACCAUUUGUAUUGAAGCCAUAUGAUAAACAAUGCUUUAAUGUAAAAUACUAAAAACAACAAUAUGCUGGACUCUAAAGGUACACUAUAUAGUCAACCACUUGGUGCUGAAAUUGCAGUAUAGAAUUGGUCAUUUCUUUGAGAUGAUAUUUUUUUGCAUCUCAACACAUUGCUAUUAAAACUGUCACAAAGCCUCACAACAUAUGAAGAAAGUGACACUAAUGCUGUGAUUAUAAUUAAUCCAAAGCUGCCGUACGAUUGGAGUCAGCUUGAUAGAUGUAUUUUGCUUCAUCGCCUGUAUUUCUCUUCUGUUUGUGUGAUUUAAAGGAACAGGGUGAAGUUAUGAGGAAUGUGGUUGUUUGCUGUCUAACUCUCAGUUAGAUGAAAAUUUGAUAUCAGUGUUAUCUCUGUGUAUUGAGCCCAGAGAGAAACUGCUAACGGAGCAGCAUCAACAAACAUCCCAGACGCUCUAAUGCUGACUUAGUUUGUAUGUUGUUUACUUAAAGUUGCCUCCAUCAAUAUUUUUCUAACAAUUCAUCAAUUGACUAUGUAUGAGAAGUCGAUCAUAUAGUGGCAAAUCCAGAGAAUAUUAUCUGAAGUUUCUCUCAUCUUGACAGAGAGUUUACAGAAUAUUUCAGCUUUACUGUGUCGUUUAACUCUCACUGCUCUCAGUGUCAGUAGCUGUUUUCGGUGAAAUGUUCUACAAAUCCAGCAUAACCACCAGUCCAGCACCAAACUGCAAACAAACAAAAUUAGCAACUAGCAGGCAAACACUGUGGAGCAUUUAGCAUUGAAAUCAUCAAUUGUUCCAGCAGUCGUUAGUGUAGAUUAGAGGGAGAAGAACUUUUGGCCUUACUUUAAUCAGGUUCCUGUAAACACAGAUCUAACUAAAUGAUCAAUAUACAGUGGACCCUAAGGACAAAAUACAAACAGUAGAAAAGCAAUCAAAAUCCAAAAAUGAUGGUGGGAUAUCAACUUUAAAGUUAAUAACAUGUCAGUGCUGUGUUCGGUUUGUUUGCUUCCACUUCCUCAAAUCAGUAAGUCCUGGUUUAACACAUAGAAAUUGAACUUCCAAAGCAAGGAAUUUUGGUUUUAAAAAGGGUUUAGAAGAAGUUAGUUUUGUUCACCUGUACCUUCCAAGCUGACCUGGUGACUGCUCAUAGCCUCUUGGAUGUUGUAUCCCUCGAUGUGGGUUGCUCAGUUUUGUUCAAACUCUGUGAAAACAAAAUUCAGGUGACUCCUGGAUGUAAUUUGGCUUGUUAAAACAACCCUAAUAUACUGCAGUCCUUAAGUAGCACUACUCAGCCACAACAUUAAAACCGACUAGUAAAGUGAAUAGCAUUGAAUAUUCUGGCACCUGUCCAGGAGUGGGAUAUAUUGUGCAGAAAGUGAACAACCAGUUCUUCAUGUUCAUGUGUUGGAAGAAGGAAAAAGUGAGGAUUUGAGUGACUUUCACAAAUAUGAUAACUAAAUGACUGGGUCAGAGCUUCUCCAAAACGGCAGGUCUUGUGGCGUGUCCCUAGUAUGAAGUGGUUACCAACAGCUGUCCAAGAAAGGGCAACCGAUAAACUGAUGUGUUGAGUCAAGGCUGCCUCUGUGGUCUGAUCCCACAGAAGAGCUACUGUAACAAAAGCUGCUGAAAACUUAACGAUAGAACGGUGGAAUAGACCAUAAGGCAGCAUAAUGUUCUGAGAUACUGCAAAAAUGGUUUAGGAAAGGUUUGAGAAACAUGACGGUGUUCAAGGUGCUGACCAGGCUUCUAAAUUCCCCACAUCUCAAUCUGAUCAAGCAUCUGUGGAUAUGAUAGAAAAAAAAAACAACAUCUGAUCGAUGGAGGCCCUAUCUCGCAACUUCAAGGACAUAAAGCAUUUGCUGCUGACGUCUUGGUGCCUGAUACCACGGGACAGCUUCAGAGGUCUGUGGAGUCAAUGUCCCAGCAGGUCAGAGUUGUUUUAGUGGUGCAAGAGGACCUACACAACAUUAGUCAGGUGGUUUUAAUGUUGUGGCUGAUCCAAAGGGUGCAUAUUAAAGUACAAGUAAAUAUAAAAACACUCACUUUUCAUGCAAAACUGUAAGCUUGGAUGAAGAGUGAAAGAUUGCCUUCUGUUUUCAUUUAGAGACCAAUAUAUGAUCACAAAAAAGUGCUGACAAACAAUAAUGAGACUUGAUGAAAGCCAUACUAAUUCAAGUUGUGGCUUUUUUUACCUUCACUUCCACAUCCAGAGUAUAAAAUACUGAGUAUAUCCUGUACUCCUAUAGCUUAUUGUACAUUAUGUUCUACAGAAAGUACAAACAGGAUUUUUUUGGAACUGAUACUUCGGAGCAAGACUAAAGAGGGUUGUCUAUUGAUUGCAUGGUUGGUGGUUCAAUUCGUGGCACAUACUGAACCUCAGAAUUGGACCUAAUGACUGGGUCAUUGCUGUGCAGGGAGACUCCACCACCAUCAAGCGUAAAUGGGUGGGUGAAUGAGACACAAAUUGUAUAACCCUUUUUCUGUUAAGGUAGAAAAUAAAAGGAAAGUCCAUUUAUCUUUUUUCAAUUUUUGAUAGAGUACAGUUAGGUGAGGUUUUCCCAUCUUGCAGUCUUUUAAACCAGGACCUAUUAGCUACAAUGGGUCAGGAUGAUCUUAAUUUUGUAACUAGGUUCAUCUUUGGGAAAGUGGGCCCAGGUCUAAACAUGUCCUAUGUGUAAUGUUGUCUCUGCACACAAUGUUUGGAGAUGAAACUGAUAUCAUUUUUCUGUAUGAGAUGCUCUGUUUGAUGUUGAACAGACAUAUUUCUUAUCAUGUCACACUAUUCCUUGAAGAUAGGUGCCAUGGAACAAAUAGUUCCCCUGUCUAUCUGUAGUAUCCAACCAUCUGUUGCUAGACUGUUUUGUAUGAGACCUAUCGCAGAAAGCACCUUUACCAAAGUAAGGAACUGCUUCCGAGUUUACCUUGUCUAUAGCCUCCUUCAGUAUCUCUGUAUGUGCUAGGUUUCUUCAUAUGCCAUGUAAAAACUAUGAAUUUGCAACCUCCCUGUCUUUUUGGAAAUAAAUUUUAAAAAUGUUACACAAACAAA